AUGGAAAUACCUAUCAUGUUCGAAGAGAGCGAUGCAGUGAAAGGCCAUCAUGACGGUCUGCACAUGAACAUCGAUGAAAAGAACAUCAUCAACAAGUCAACAAUUCUAGUAGGAUUCAGUGGGGAAACCAAGAAGACAAGUGGGGAGAUCACAUUAGCCACCUAUGCAAAAGGUGUCAAUUUACAAGUCAAGUUCCUAGUGAUCGACACCUUAUCAUCGUACAAUAUGAUUCUAGGCAGAUCAUGGAUACAUGAGAUGAGAGCCAUCCCCUCCACAUAUCAUCAAGUCAUUAAAUUCCCUACCAGAUGGGGCAUUCAAGAAAUCAAAGGGGACCCUAAGGAAGCUAAAGAAUGUUACAAGAUCUCCCUAAAAGCAACCUCUGCAGAGAAGGGUUCAGCAUAG